GGCUGCGAACGCCUCCUGACCCAGCGUAGGCCCCUCAGUAUGCUCUCGACGUCCAUCAUCACCGUUCUUGCCUUCGCCUCAGGUACUCAUGCCGUCGAGUUUGAGCCUGUGGAGGGAUCGCCGGGAUUGAUAGACAACGGAACCUACGGGCCUCCCAUCGAGAUCGUCCACCUCUUCCAGCAUCCGCCCACGGGUAUCACGGUGAGCUCGACUGGCCGGGCCUUCAUCUCGUUCAACCGAGGCAACCUCACAGCCAACCCUAAGACCCUCGCCGAGAUCGUCAACUCGACCCACGACGUCGCAUGGCCCAGCGAGGACUACAACACACCGCCGGAUGACCUCUUCAACGCCUCCUCAGGCGUAAAGUAUGGGUCAAGCGACUCGGAGCACCUGAUCAAUGUGCAAGCAGUCGUCUUCGAUGCACUCGAUCGUCUCUGGGCGUUGGACACUGGGCGUCCGGCGGAUGAGGGCGGCGACAACGCGCUGGCUUUCCCGGGUGGGCCGAAGCUUGUUGGGUUUGAUUUGGGACAUGAGACGGAAGAUGUGUCGGCGAGCGCUACCUCCAAGUCAAGCAGCAUGUCAUCGAACAACGAGACGGUGACGAGCGAGCCCACUCCUUUCGCCACCAUCACUUUCCCAGAGACCGUCCUUCCUGCUCAUGGGUUUCUCAACGACCUGCGGAUCGACCUGUCCAAGGGUGAUGCGGGGUUCGCAUACAUUGCGGAUAGUGGUGCCCUUGGCCUCAUCGUCGUUGACCUUGCGUCCUGCGAAUCCUGGCGCCACCUCGGCGGAUUUGCAAGCGUGCGCCCGACAUCUGGCUUCCUGCCCUCCGUCUUUGGCAUUCCGACAUAUCAGGCGUCCGGAGGUAGCCCGUAUUACCGCUUCCCAGCCCCGACUGGGGGAGGCUCUGACGGCUUCACUUUGUCUGCGGACGGCGAGUAUGCGUACUUUACACCCAUCGCGAGCCGGGACCUGUACCGUGUACCUACGGAGUUACUUCGUGCGAACCCCUUGCACGAUGCCUCUGCCAUUGUGAAGGCUGCCGGUGCGGUGCAGUAUCUUGGGGAGGUCGGCGGCGAAGCUGACGGUCUCGAGACCGAUACGACUGGCAGAAUAUAUCUCACAUCUCCUGAGCACAACGCCAUCAACAUCUUAAGCCCCGACACGGGCCUCAUCGAGCCCUUCGUGCGCGACCCGCGCAUCGCCUGGCCGGACACGCUAGCUGUAGGCUACGACGGCUACUUAUAUGUCACCUUGCCCCAAUACUGGCUGGGACCAUGGUUCCAGAACGGGACGGAUAAACGGGUGCCACCGUUUGCGCUCGCGCGAGUUCCCAUUGAGGGGAAGCCUGCGAAGUUAGUGUAGAGAUACAUACCAUGAGAUAAUUACGAAUAUGUGCGCUCUGCUGUGUGCUAUGGACAGUGAAGAGGUUGGACGGCU